AUGGGGUUACUUUCAACAGGUUUCAGAAGUUUUUUGCUGCUCCAAAUUUGCGAGACGGAUGGUAUCGAAGAGCUGAGCGACGAGGAAUCCCCGAACGGAGGACAACGCCGCCUUGUUGUUGUCAAGACCCUGUGGCGCGGGUGCCAUAACGACGUCAAGGCGGCGUUUGCCCGGGAAGCUACAUGGGGCGCAGGCCUGAAGCACCCACAACUCGCCAGAGUUCUAGGUUUGAGCCUGCUAGAGCCCCCAUGCGCAGCUCUAGACCGCGGCAAUGCCGUACCACUGCCUACGAUAUUGAGACAGGACAGGAAAUUGAAUUAUUCCAGUUUGAUUCACAUAUGCUGUCAGAUAGCAGCAGGCAUGAAGUAUCUGGAGUCAUUCGAGUUAGUACACCGGGAUCUCGCGGCCCGAAACGUCACCGUCAGUGAAGAUCUCAACGUUAAAGUGUCGGACUACGCCAUGUUCUGUGAGGAGUUUGUAAGCGACUACCACGUCAUGGCUGACGGCACCCGGCUCCCCCUCCGUUGGAUGGCCUGGGAGAGCUUACUAUUGGGAAUGUACUCCCCAGCAAGUGAUGUAUGGUCAUUCGGCGUGACCGUUUGGGAGGUCCUCACCUAUUGCCUGGACAAGCCAUUUGAGGAAAUGAACGAUGACCAGGUGGUGGCCAACGCGAGCGAGUGGCGCUGCGGCGGCCGCGGCGCCCGAGUGCCGGCGGCGCCGCCGCCGCGCUGCCGCCGGGAGCUCUACGACCUCAUGCACGAGUGCUGGCGUCGCGAACCCUCCCAGCGGCCCCGCUUCCACGACCUCCAUCGCUUCCUAGACCGCAUGACCCACGGGUACAAACCACCCGCAAACCGCUAA